AUGCCAUUCUUAGCCAAGAUCUCCAAUCCAAGAUAUUUAGUUCCAAUUGUUGGUGUUGCUGCUGCUUCAAUUGGUUUAGCAUAUCAUUAUUCUACCUUAACCAAGAUUUCUAAUGAAUCUGGUAUUACUUUUAAAGGUGAUAAUGAAUGGGUUGAUUUAAAAUUAAUUAAAGCAAUUCCAUUAACUCAUAACACCAAACAUUUAAUCUUCAAAUUAAAGAGUGAAGAUGAUAUUUCUGGUUUAGUUACUGCUUCUUGUUUAUUAACUAAAUUCGUUACUGCUAAAGGUAAUAAUGUAAUUAGACCAUAUACUCCAGUUUCAGAUCCUGAACAAAAAGGUACAAUUGAAUUUGUUAUCAAAAAGUAUGAAGGUGGAAAAAUGUCAAGUCAUAUUUUUGAUUUAAAAGAAAAUGAGACUUUAUCAUUCAAAGGUCCAGUUGUUAAAUGGAAAUAUGAACCAAAUCAAUUCAAAUCAGUUGCUUUAAUUGCUGGUGGAACUGGUAUUACUCCAAUUUAUCAAUUAUUACAUGAAAUUACUAAGAACCCAGCUGAUAAGACUAAAGUUUCUUUAAUCUUUGGUAAUGUUUCCACCGAUGAUGUUUUAAUCAAGCAAGAAAUUGAUGAAAUUGCCAACAAACAUAAGGAUCAAGUUAAGGUUACUUACUUCGUUGAUAAGAAGAAGGAUGAUGAACAAUGGGAAGGUGAAGUUGGUUAUAUUACUAAACAAUUCUUGGAAAAGGAAUUAGAUAAACCAAGUAAUGAAGUUAAGAUUUUUGUUUGUGGUCCUCCAGGUUUAUAUCAAGCUAUUUCUGGUCCAAAGGUUUCUCCAACUGAUCAAGGUGAAUUGACUGGUGCUUUAGCUGAAUUAGGUUACUCUAAAGAACAUGUCUUUAAAUUCUAG